UUAUUUUGCAAGGUGUCAUUACCCUACAAGUAUUCUGAGUGGUGUUAGCACUAUUAAUGUCUGCGUUUACUACUCAUAAACAAACAGGAAAUGACUGGGGAGCUCUGGGGCUCACUGGGGGCUCUGUAAAAGGAAGCAAGUGAACACCUGGGCACAUUAACAUGAAUUUCAAAACCUUCGGCUAAAAAGAAAUAUAUCUAUUCUGUAAACCACAUAGCCUCACAUUUCCCUCAACCAUCGCUCUGCAUCCCCCCAUCCGAAGUGCAAUUCCUUUCCACCAGCCACAUCUCUUCUUCCUCUUUAGUGAUUCUGCCUAAUGCCCCACACCCAUGCCUCUCCCGUGCCUGAGACACUUCUUGGGAAUCACUAUUGUAAAGACUCCACUUUAUACAUCAGAUGUCUUAAUAGCCACAUUUAGGAUAUGUACAGUUGAGCUAAACAUAUUUUUACUGAUCUUUUGGGUUUUUUUAAUGUAUAGUUUAAAAAGUUACUGUAAAUAUGUAUGCUAGAAUCUUGCUGUCUUACUAAGUGACUGCAACCCUGUGCAAAUCAUUGUAUCUCACCUUCAGUUUCAUGAAAGUAAAAAAUGACUGGAAAAAUCAUAGACAGUACAAAGUGUUUGCCAGGGCCUGUGGCAGGAAGGAAUAGAGAAUGAUUGCUAAUGAGGAUGGGUUUUUUAGGGGGUGGGUGUGUAAUGAGAAUGUUCUGGAAUUAGAUAGUGACAAUGGUGGUACAAUUUUGGGUAAAACACUGAAUUAUACACUAUAAAAGGGUGAAGUUAUAGUAUAUGAAUUACAUCUCAAUUAUAGAAAAAAAAAUCUUAAGGGGAAAAGAAGAGGCUGGAGAAUUUCAUGUAUUCCAAAAAAGAUUUCUAUAUCCCUCUGUGCCUACCAGACUUUAAAACCGGUCAGCAGGAUUUAUUAACACUUGAGUCAUUUUGUAAUUUAACAGAGUUAAGAAAGUUAGAUAUAUAUGUGAAUUAGACCAUGAGUGAGAAUCUGUAUUGGAAUUUUUUCCUAAAAUUUCAGAAAAAUCUAAAUCGUUUUGACCAGGAUGUAGGGAUUAUUAUAAAAGGUGAAAUAAAUUCCUGAACUGAAUAGUUGUCCAGGGUAGAAGUGAAGAGUAGACAAGUCCUUACAGCUUGCUAAUAAUCAGACAUGACUUUUCCUUUUUUAUGCCAAGCUCGACCUGACCACUUUCUCAGGCUGGCCCAGGAGAGUUGUCCACUGAAGGCUAGCAGUGCCCUUGGCUGUCUGGUCACCAUUCUGACCCUCUUAUUUGCACUUAUCUGAUCCUGUUCAAAGGGGGAAUGAUAUAUAAAAAAAUAAAAGUUCCCCAUUUAUCGAGUGGAACUUUAUUUAGUUAAUGCUACAGCAUGCCAGAUGCUGGCUUAUGCUCUGGGUGAACACACACAGAGGAGAACAAAACAGGUGUGCUUCUUCACAUGGUGUGAAGAAUCCAUAGUCUGAUGAUAGAGACAAAUAUUAACAAGUAAAUACACAAAUCGUGUGCAGGUACAACCUGAAACAGGAAAAGGGGUGCAUGCUGUGAAGAAAAGGAAGAGUGCUUUGAGGAAUAACAGUGGCGACAUAAGUUUAUGGGGUCAAGGAAUACUCCUUUGUGGAAGUUAGAUUUAACUCAGGACCUGAGGGAGGAGUUAGCCAGGCAAAGACUAGAGAAAGAAUUGCAUAUUCAAAAACCAAGAGUGGGAAAGAACUUGUCCUUGAUUAAGGAAAUAGAAGAAGGCCAGAGGCACCUAGCUGGCUCAGUCAGAAGAGCAUGCGACUCUUGAUCUUGGGUCAUGAGUUAGAGCUCCACAUUGAGUGUAGAGAUUACAUAAACAGGAAAACUUAAAAAAAAAUUACUUUAAAAAAAAGAGAGAGAAAGCCCAGAAGGGGUAGAGGCUGUAAAUGAAGGCAGAGAGAGAGCUUUAGGGGAUGAAGUUGCAGGGGAAGGCAGAGGUAGUAAGGCCUUGGAGGCUAGAGCAGGUUAAAUAGGGGCCCUUUAAAAGAUAUGUUUAUGUCCCUGAAACCUGUAAAUGUGACUUUGUUUGGGAAAAAAGUUCUUUCCAGAUGUAAUUAAGUUAAGGAUCUCAAGAAGAGAUCAUUCUGGAUUAUCUUGGUGAGCCUUGAAUCCAAUGACAAGUGUUAUUAGGAGAGACACAGAGGAGAUAAGAGAAGAAGCCAGAGGCAGAGAUUGGAGUCAUGCAGCCAGGAGCCAAAGAGCUUCUGGAGGCACCAGACCUUGGAAGAGACAAAGGAUGGAAUCUCCUUUAGAACAUUAGAGAGAAUCCUACCAAUGCCUUGAUUUUGUACUUCUGGCCUUGGGGACUGUACGAGAAUAAAUUUGCUUUGUUUUAAGCCUCCAAGAUUUUGGCAAUUUGUUAUGGCAGCCCUAGGAAACUAAGGCGGAGGCCAUGUUUUAGGAUUUUAUUCUGAGAGUUGUGAAAAGUUGUUGAAGAGUGUUAAGGAAGGGAAUGGCAUAAUCUGAUUUAGACCUCAAAAAGAUCACUCUGCUCUGUGGAUACUGAACUAUUAGUAGAGAAGUCAAUUAGGAGAUAUUUUAGUAAUACCAGCAGGAGUUGAUGAUGGUUCAGACUAGGGUGGUGCUCUGGGAAAGAGAGAAAUUUGGGAGUUAUUAGCAUACAGAUGGUAUUUAAAGUUGUCAAAAGUUCAGAAAUAACAGAAGUAAAACUGAGGAAUCCCUGAAAUAGUAAUUAAAGUUUAUUGUGCACAUACCAUAAAGAUAGUUUGCAAACUGGGAACAUUCAAAACAUGCAGUGAGGCUCAGGGGUAUGUUAUAAAGCAGCUUAUAUAGUGAGAAAGCAGUGACUUUAUUCUUCACAUUGAUUGCUUGUAAUAUUAGAGUUCUCUUAAAUGAUAGGGUGUUGGUCAGUAGUUACCUUGGGAAACAGUUCAAGUUUUUGCUUGUGAUUUCCAGAGACAUAAGCAAGAAAUGACCUAGGUCAAGUUAGUUUGACAAAAUAAGCUAAAUUAAUCUUUGUUUGUGUGAUUAAACUGUUUUUGUCUACUGAGGGAAUUUUCAAGGCUGGCCUCCAUUUGUUUUCGACUUCAGCAAAGUCAUGGGAAUAUUUGAGAUCACCUGGGAAGAACAUAGAACCAUGAGGGCAAAUAGCCCAAGUUUAGUCCUAAAGAUCCCAAACCUUUAGACAAGAAGAAGAAAUGGCAAAAGAAUCUAAGAAGAAAUAAUCAGAAAGAUAGAAGGAAAGCCAUGACAGUAGGGUCUCAUGAAAGCCAAGGUCUAGGGUGGGGGAGAAAUGUGGAAUUGAGAGGAGAUGUUAAAUAGUCAUUAGGAGAGUAGGGAGGGAAGUAUUGCAGAAUUGAGCACUACCGGGCAGUGUAGAGAUCCAGGUGACAUUAGUGGUUAUACAUUUACCGUGUUUCUAAUCUGUUUGGGGGUGUGUCUAGCUACUCUCACUGGUACAAAUAUAGGUCCAGAAAAGCCAGAGUGACUGGGAUUUAGCUGGGGAAACUUGAAGGAAGGAGGGAGAGUCAGGGGAUUGAAUGAAUGUAUGUGUGAGAGGGAGCUUAUCAGUAGGAUAAAGAGAGAAAUGAAGGUGAUGAAAAGAGAGCCUCCAUGGAGAAUAUAGGUCAAUGGAUUGGAGUGAUAUAGAAAUUACUUGACUAAACUGUAAGGAAAGCAGCUUGUCAGAGGAUGGCAGGCUUCAAUUCAUGAUCUGGGAAGUGUUCAGUUUCUGCUGAUGACAAGAUGCAGGGUGUGGCCACGGAAGGAAUUGCCAAGGAAGCGUGGAAGAAAAGGGCCUUGGAGCAUUCUGGUUGUCCCCUUGGUCUGAAAUGCUCUUCACUUCCUCACUCUGCUUGGCUGGCUCCUUCUUGUCCUUCUGCCUCUCCUUAAAAUGCUACUGAUAAUUCCAUCUGAACUACUGCUUCUUGGGAUACGUUCCUCAUGCUAUGGAAUUGCAAGCCACAAGCUAGAGCUUUCAGAUACGUGGGUCACAAGGAUGUGGUAACCAGCGUGCAGUUUUCCCCACUUGGAAACUUACUGGCAUCUGCUUCAAGAGACAGAACCAUUAGACUCUGGAUUCCUGAUAAGAGAGGAAAAUCCUCUGAAUUUAAAGCUCAUACAGCUCCAGUUCGAAGUAUAGACUUUUCAGCCGAUGGCCAAUUUCUAGCUACAGCUUCUGAAGACAAAUCUAUCAAAGUAUGGAACAUGUAUCGCCAGCGUUUCUUGUAUUCCUUGUACCGACAUACCCACUGGGUACGCUGUGCCAAAUUUUCACCUGAUGGAAGGCUAAUUGUAUCAUGUAGUGAAGAUAAAACUAUUAAAAUUUGGGAUACCACAAAUAAGCAGUGUGUUAAUAACUUCUCAGAUUCUGUAGGGUUUGCAAAUUUUGUGGGCUUUAACCCUACUGGUACAUGCAUAGCUUCAGCAGGUUCUGAUCAUACCGUGAAAAUCUGGGAUAUAAGAGUAAACAAAUUGCUCCAGCAUUAUCAAGUUCACAGCGGUGGAGUUAAUUGUGUAUCAUUCCAUCCUUCGGGUAACUAUCUCAUCACUGCGUCUUCAGAUGGCACACUUAAGAUUCUGGAUCUCUUAGAAGGAAGACUUAUAUACACACUUCAAGGACAUACGGGACCUGUCUUUACUGUUUCAUUUUCAAAAGGUGGAGACCUGUUUAGCUCCGGAGGUGCAGAUGCACAGGUCUUAUUAUGGAGGACUAAUUUUGAUGGCUUGAAUUGUAAAGACAUUAUUAAAAGAAAUCUCAAAAGAUUACAUUUUGAUUCAUCACCACAUCUUGUUGAUAUAUACCCAAGAACACCACAUCCCCAUGAAGGAAAAAUUGAGACUGUUGAAAUUAAUCCAAAGCUUGAGGUAAUCGAUUUGCAGACUUCUUCUCCCCCUGUUAUGGACAUCCUUUCUUUUGAUUCUACUACAACAACAGAUACCACUGUUAGAACCUUAGCAGACAAAGGUGAAGAGAUCAACAGUUAUUUCUUGAACCCUUCUUUAUUGUCAUCGGAAUGUUCACCAACAACCUCGAAAAAGAAAACAGAAGACACGAGUGACUUCCCUUCUGAGAGCCAGAGAAGCAUACCACUCGCCGUGACUGAUGCUUUAGAGCACAUCAUGGAACAACUCAGUGUUUUGACACAGACUGUUUCAAUCUUGGAGCAGCGACUGACUUUGACAGAGGAUAAGCUGAAAGACUGCCUUGAAAAUCAGCACAGGCUUUUCAAUGCUAUCCAGCAGAAAAGUUAAAUAGAAAAGUAUGAGCAGAGGCAUGAUAAACGAACACAUGUACAUAGGCUCAGGAAGGUAGUACGAGACGCUCCCUUCAUGCAACACAACCAUGUGCUGAUUAUAAUGAUCAUGGCAUCUCUUAAAAGGGUGAGCAACAGAACCAAAGGCAGAAAAGGCACAAUUAACGACCAAUUUAAACACGCAUAUCAAUGUCAAGGACUAAUUCAAAUCAUUACUGAUUAUAAUUGCAGUAAUAAAGUGGUAAGUAUUCAAGUGGCUCUAUAUUUUCCCCCAUAUUAUUUUAAAUGCCAGUUUUCAUUUAUAGUCCAAAUCCUGCCAGGAAAGUAAUCAAAUCUUUGAGUUUCAUUGUUAAAUCAUUGCAGUUAAUCACAUUCAGGCAAUUCCUUAAAGCAAUGGAUGUGUUUCUUUAGUGAACAACACCGUUGGGGUGCAGUAAUACAGUUACCUCUAAAACAGCAUCCUGUAUGCAGAGAAUGAGUUAGUGCUCUGACUCAUAUUUCUUUUAGCUGAAAAACAUUUAUUCUUUCUUAACAAUGCCCUGAAAUGCUGAUCUUACAAAAUUCCCAAAGUGUAGAAUUUCCACAGCAAGAACACGCUUAUUUUAAUUAGCAACAGCACAUACGUGGCACAGGGCGGUGGGUUGUUACUUAACUUAUGUUGUACAUGGCUUAUCCUUUGCUCAACCUGAAAGAAAAUGAAGAGCUAAAAAUGCGAGAAGCUCACGCGUCUUUCCUCUCGUAGAUGAGUGCACUGAAUGAUUUGGGUUGUGUCCAGACCUAAGCCCUGGUUUACAAAGCCGGCAUUAAGAGUGGUUUCAGUAAGCUCUGGAGCUUGAAAGAUGCAACGGCGAUAUUUACAAAUACACACACAUGUACAUUCAUAUGCUUCAGAAAUGUUGCUGAGGGUGAUUCUGGCAGCUGAGUAAUAAGUCCGUAUAAUAUUCACAUCAUUGUCUUCCUAUUUUUUUUUUAAAUGAAUGUGAUUUAAAACAAAAUGAAAUUGAGCCUGGCCUUCUAAAAAAUGCUUCGGGUGAUUUGGUUACAAAUUAAGAAUUUUGUUUUAUCUAAAACAAGGGAUUAAAUUGAAGAAAAACAGAUUAAUAUUAGCUUGUUUUUCUGUUAACCUAAAUCAAGAACAAAGAAGGUGGGAGAGGGCAGUCACAUUUAUGCUGUCUGUAGGUAACAUGGGGAAAAUGUUUUGAAAAAGAAGCAAAAGUCAAAUCCUAUUUAUGUACGAGUCUGUAUUUAUAAAUUUUUCCCAAAUAAUUUCAAUCAUAUCUAUAAGGUGGUUUUUAAAAAAAAUCAUCUCAUUCUGUGUUUUAAGUGCCUUUUUGUAUUGUACUAAGUGUGAACUUGUAGACAUUUUCAAGAGUUUAUAAAGACUAAGUGGUAUUGUAUUUUUAUAACCUUGUACAAAAGACCAAGAAAUGAAAUGUCAUAAUGUUUUUUGUUUACAAUUUCUUAAGCCUCAAACAAUAAAGACACUUUACCUUAAAAAAAA